GAGAGAGAGGAAGCUCUGGUCCAUCUCUGGCCCCCCAACCCAAAUUCCACAGCUUGUGCUCUCAAAGGGAGCCACGAGCCAGAGCGGAGUGGGUAAAAAGGGCAUUCUCUCAUUCUCAAUAUUAUAAAGAAACCUCCCUUCCUCCUCCCUAUCCCGAUCUCCAUGACCAAGAAGAGAUACAGGAGGCCUCGUACUCGCUCACAAGUGGAAGACCUGCAGGAGCAGCAGCAGGAGGAAGACGAGGUCCAAAACCCUAAAAUGGUGGAAGACGAAUCGUCCCAACCAUCUGAAAGUCAAAGCCCUAAUCUCAUAGGGGUUGGACAAUCUCAAUCCCCCGAAGGAGAUCAGAACCCUCAAGUGAUCGAAGAAGAACCGUCUCAACCAUCUGAAGAAGAUCAAAACCUUAAAUCUGUCGAAGAUGAACCAGCUCAACCAUCUGAAGUCCAAAACCCUAAAUUGGUCGAAGAUCAUCCAUCUCGGCCUUCUGAAGACCAAAAUCAAGAGGUUCAAGAAAUUCAAGAGAUCGAAGACCCGGAAGACCAGUCCAAAGAGAAGGAUCACUUUGAAGAAAUAGAAGACGAUGAAGAGCAGCAACCACUGCAUGAAGGAGAAGGAGGACAAGAAGAGGACGAAGAAGAACCAGAAGGUAUGUCUAUCUCUCCUACUCUUCCUCCUCCUCCUCUGGCGGAGGAUAUCACCAUCCCAGACGUAGUCCAAGACAACCCAACUCACCCAGCUUCUAAUGUUUCCCGGAAAGCCCCGAAGAAGAAGAAAUCCUUUAAGAACCGAAAGCGACCUGCUUUCGAAAAGAAGCUUCAGACGCUCAAAGAAAAUAUGAAGCCCAUCCCUUUUUCUCCGUGCAAAACCCUAGAUUUCUCCAAACACGAGAAGCUUCUCAAGCGCCUAGGGUUAUGGGACUUUGCUCACCUUGAACUGGAUUGCGAUAUUCGAACCGAUCUUCUAGCUCAGUUAGUCGUGAAUUACAAUCCUGCACAGCGUUGCAGUUUCGUGAAUGAGUCGCGGAUCAAGCUGAACCGGGCUGAUCUUGGUCGAGCUUUGAAGCUUCCAGGGAAAAAGGAUAAGACAAACUCUGCAGAAGCUUCUGAAUCCGAACCUGAAGUGUUGUCUGAAGAGUCUAUUUCGUUUAUAGAAGAAUUCGUGUCUAAUUGGUUUAUUCUUCAUGAGGAUACCUGGAUAUUGCCGGAUGAGAUUGUGACCUGGAAUCGGCUUAUCAGAGAGGGGCAGCCGCAGAAGGUUGAUUGGGCCGGGUUGAUCUGGUUUAUGGUAGAGAAAGAGUUGCUGCAGGCUUCCGAUUUAACCUUUUGUUAUUAUGCUCCACAUUUGCAGUACUUGAUGAAGUCUCAGAAGAAGGAUCUAUUUGAAGAUGUUCCUAAAGAGGAAAUAGAUCCCAAAGAGGAGCAAGAGGAAGAUGCCAAGGAGGAAGUUUUUAUAAAGGAGGAAGGGGAGGGAGAUGCUGCUGCUGAAAUGAAGAUGUGUAAUUUGGAUGAUAUUCAGGGCCAAGAAUCGGAUAAACAAGAGAUAGAAUUGACUCUGGGGCAGGGCAAAAUUGAAAUUGAGCAGCAGGCCAGAGAUGAGGAUCUAACGGAUUUCCAAGAAUGUAAGGGAGAAGAAGAACCUGGGCAGUGGCUUUUGGAUGGAAAGAACAAUGAUGGCGAGCAUUUUUUGCAGCGUUGUAAUCUAAAUGAAGUUGAGGCUUCAGAGUGUCAACGUGAAAAUAAAGAAGAAAAAGAGAUGGAAGAAGAAGACAGGUAUGGUCUUUCAUCGAAAGGCCAUACAUUAGAGCAGUUAUCUUCCACGGAACUUAUUCAAGCUAUGGGGACAGCAAAUGUUUAUAAUGGUGCACCUGUUAACCUUGUUGAUCACUCUUCCGGGGACCUUCUUGCACCAAGGGCUGAUCCUGCCAUCCAUCCUGGUGGCCCAUCAAUCUUCGGCAAUUCAUGCAAGAGAGAGAUUAGUCACGAGGAUGAUGUACAUCAUCACACUUUUGGUGAUCACCAUAAACGGAUGAGGAACAAUGGCCCAUGGGAUAACAAGUCAUUUGAUUUUGAUACGUGUAUGGAACAAGCACAGAAUUUGAUUCAUAAAGCUAGAAUGAUGCAUGCAGCCAGAGAGCAGGCUUACAUGAAUGCUAAUGUAGAUCAGCAAUUCUUAAUCACCGAGCUUGAGAAUCGGCAGCGCAUUAUUCAGGAAUUGCAGAAUUCCAAGAUUUAUGAACGUCAAAAAGGACAACUAGAGAUAUAUCGGCUUGAGCGUGAGCUUUAUGUCAUGGACAAUCUACUAAAUGGUUAUAAGAAGGCCUUGAAGGAAACUCGCCGAGCAUUUGCAGAGUAUAGAGAACGCUUUCCUCAACCUGAGGAACCACUUUACAAGGAUGUUGGUGGGCCAGGUGGUGAUGUUCUUACCUCCACCGAAUUAGAAAAGCUACGCUUGGAGCGAGAAGAAGAAGAAAAGCUUAAACGUCUAAUUGCUGAGCAACAGCUCAAUGAAUUCCAGGUUCAGUGGUAUGGUACACUAGAACAGCAUCUUGAAACGGUUCAAUGUCUUGAUAAUAGGUUAUUGGAUUUGGAGAAGGAAGUGAAACUGCUUAAAGAAAAGCUAGUAAAGCGUAAGAGUGUACUUGAGUGUUCCGUUGAAUGAUUGUCAAUCAAUUAAUUGACUCUAAAUAUUCCAUUUUGACAUUAUUGACAUGUAAGUGAUUAGAAAAUACAGUUAUGUAUUGUACUGGUUAAUUAAGGUUCGUUUUCCUUUAUGUUUUGUUGGCAAGUUGCUCAUUACAAAAUACAAACUUAUGCAAGUAAUGGUACUAAUUUAUCAAUGAAUCAGAUCUGCUUGCUUUUGAGAACA